UGACCCAAAAUGGCGGCCGUGAUCAAUAAAAUCUCGCCGUUGUAAAUGAUCUUGCCUCAGUAUUAGUAGUUUUGUCACGCUGUAGACCGGUGUGUGCAGCUGAAUCUCAUCUCCGCUCGCUCUGCUAGGCCUGAAGUCGCUGUUGUGCGUGUUUAACAGCUGUCACUGCGGUAGAAGUGGUUAAUUUGGUGCUAGGAAAGAGACCAGCAUGGGGAACCAGGCGAGCCACGGGGAGCCCGUGGCAGCGGCGGCCUCGGCAGAGUCGUUUGACCCGCGGCUGGAGGCUCUGUUCGCCCGGCUGGCGGAAGAGAAGCCCGGGCAGGACCCCUGCGUUACGGAGGACGGGUUCCGCCAGCUGUUCGGCACGCCGCUGCCCGCGUUUGGCUCCGUCAUGUUCAACGCCAUCGCGCCCAAUCCAGCAUCAGGCAGCGUCGGUCACCGAGCAUUUCUGAUCGGGGCUCAGGAGACGCUAAACCUGGCCGGCCUGUCGUCUCAGAUCAAGUACUACCACGACGUGUUCUUCGAGAAGGAAGGGGUGACGGAAGAAGGUGUCAGAAACAUGGUGCACACAGCCUUUACCCUCUGCCUGGCCUCCAUCAACCUUGACCCAGAGGCUCUCAAGGGGAAUACCAGUAUCCUGGAUUCCCUGGCCAGUAGUGUCAUGAAGACCUGCAGCAAACAGACAGGGAAGGAGCUUCACUUUGUGAUCCAGUCUCACUACCUGCAACUGUUCUCUGGUCUGCACACCUACGUACAGAAGACUCUGCUGGGGGCACAGGAAGGUCCCAACGAAGAGCUUACUGCCUCUGUGCGACAGAGAUUUGCUGAGAGUAUGAUGGACCUGCCCAUGGCCUGGGUGUUGUCCUGUAUUCUCCCAAUCCGCUACACAAAGAACAGGGCAGAGCUGGUAGAGCACAGCAAACUGCCCAAGUGGCUGCAGUGGAGUCAGCUGUAUAGCAGCCGGGAGCACGGACAGAGUCUCAGCAGGUUUGAGCACCAUGUGUUUGAACACCACGUGUUCUCCUACAAGGACCCGACCAUCCUGCUGAUCAGCUGUGCCGGAGGCUUUACUUUCUGCAUUGCUGUGGACUCGGAGUGGAGGGAGAGCACUGCAGCGUGGGGAGCCCAUGACUGCCUGCUGCUGCAGCUGACUCCCGAGGUCUGGGCGUGGGGAGGGCACGACUGCCUGCUACUUCAGCUGACCCCUGAGGUGUGGGUGCUAGACGAAGGACAGGACAUGAGGUUCAUGAACCACCACGCUGCGUGGGGAGGCCAUGACUGCCUACUGCUCCAGCUGACCCCCGAGGUGUGGGUUCUAGACGAGGGACAGGGCAUGAUGUUCGUGAACCACCACGCGCGCACCGUGAAGAACGGGAUCUACUUCGGCCGGAACUUCGACAGCCCGCUGGUCAGCCUACAGAGUCUGGACUCACUGCAGACUGCAGAGGGGGAGCUCGCUAUCACUAAUGUCGAGGUGUGGGGCUGUGGUGAUGAAGGAGCGCUGAAGGAACAGCAGCGAUGGCGAGACUGGGAGCAUCGACAGGCCGAGAAGACGCAGAAGGUGAAGCGGCCCGGCCGAGACGACUGGCAGGACAACCCUGACAAGUUCCUGCUGGAUAUGGUCGGCGUGGAAACCCAGCAUCCGCAGGAGAGGCCCGGGAUGUAGGCUGCAGUACCGGGGCCAGGAGACAGGGGGUGCAGGCUGCAGUACUGGGGACAGGAGACAGGGGGCAUAGGCU